AUGUGAGUGCAGUUGAGAUCAAACAGACUAUCUAGUGCUCUUUAUCAUUGCAAAAGUCAGGAAAUGUGCUUCCAUCCUUCAACAGCGUUAAAGUUGAUAUGAAGAAUUAAAUACAUUGAAUUAAGCAAGAGAUCCGAUUGUUUGGCCUGUCAGAAUGCAAUCAGAUCCCUAUAAUCAACUAAAGCUAUGUGAAUCUUUGUAUAAUUCGUCUUCAACGGAACUACAAGUCAAAAUCUCUAGAUAUUUGGAGGCCAAAACUGGGGCACACAGAAUUUUUUUUCUAUCGGUGUCAGAAGAUCAAGAUGAGCUAAGCUGUAAAGUAGUUGGAGAUAAAAUUCUUGACGAAGAGGUAACAUUUUUGAUUCCUAGCAACAGUUUUAGUACAGCUAUUACUGAAAAGAGACCAAUAACGUUUCAGGAUAUUAAGAAUGAAUACAAGGAAAACAUAAUAAAACUCGUCAAUUUCCCAGUGAGGUCACUUGUUUGCGUGCCAGUACUUCACCCAACAGAAAACAAAGUUGUGAUUUUAGCAUGUUUAGCAAGUGAACAUUUUAAAAAAUUUUCUAAAGAAACAGAAGCCAUAGUACAUGAAUGUUUCUUGCCAAUUGUUCCAAUUUUGCUCAAAACUCAAGAGUAUGAAGAAGAAAAGAGGUUGAGGGAACAAUGCCAGUCUCUACUGGCUGUUGCCAAGAACCUCUUUAUCCACUUAGAUAACGUAACAGUUCUUUUGAAAGAAGUAAUGGUUGAGGCUAGGAAUCUUACCAAAGCUGAAAGAUGUUCUCUCUUUCUCCUGGAUAAGGAACAAAAUGAAUUAGUAGCCAAAGUGUUCGAUGGACAGAUGGCAGAGGAUGAAACAGAGAUAACAUCUGAGUUACGAAUUCCUACAAACCAAGGUAUUGCUGGUCACGUGGCAACUACUGGACAGCUAUUGAAUAUUCACGACGCCUACGAUCACCCUUUCUUUUAUAGGAAGAUGGAUGAGAUUACCGGCUUUAAAACAAGGAAUAUUCUCUGUUUCCCAAUCAAAGAUGAGAAAGGAGUUAUUGGUGUAGCUGAACUGUGUAAUAAAGUGAAUAGGAGGUAUUUCUCUUUGUUCGACGAAGAAAUCGCUAAAGCCUUUUCUAUAUAUUGUGGAAUAAGUAUCAUGCAUUCACUGAUGUGGAAGAAAGUAGGAGAUGCGCAACACAGAAGCAAACUUUCCAAUGAAUUAAUGAUGUAUCACAUGCAGGUGACACAAGAAGAGGUACUCCGACUAUGUCAUUGCACCAUUCCCUAUCCAGAAGCUUUCCAUAAGGACUUCACCAAAUUCGCCUACACUCCACGUUUACUCGCUGAGUCGGACUCGUGUUUGGCUGUGAUGAGUAUGUUCAAGAAUCUUGGGAUGAUGACUCGAUGGAGAAUACGGAAAGAAACCUUGGCUAGAUUUAUACUGAUGGUCAAAAAAGGUUACAGAGACCUACCUUACCACAAUUGGACACACGCCUUUGCAGUUGGUCAUUUCUGUUACUUGCUGUUGAAAAACCUCAACUUAAUGGGAAGUUAUCUAACACAUUUAGAAGGCCUUGCUUUGUUUGUAGCUUGUCUUUGCCACGACCUGGAUCACCGGGGUACAAACAACUCCUUUCAAGUAGCUUCAAAGUCACUUCUUGCUGCUCUGUAUAGUUCUGAGGGCUCUGUUAUGGAGAGGCAUCACUUUGCUCAAUCAAUGGCAAUCAUAAAUACCGAAGGCUGCAACGUAUUUGAAAGUUUGUCCAGAAAAGAAUACACGCAAUGUUUGGAUUAUGUUCGUGACAUUAUCUUGGCCACAGAUUUGGCUCAUCACCUAAGAAUUACCAAAAAUAUCGUAAAAAUGAAAGAAGAGGGUUACAAUCCGGACAAUCCAGAACAUCAUCAACUACUUCUCUGUUUAUUAGUAACAUCUUGUGAUCUCUCGGAUCAAACAAAAGAUUGGAUGAGCUCGAAAAAGAUAGCGGAACUGGUGUACAAAGAAUUUUUCUGUCAAGGAGAUUUAGAAAAGGCCAUGGGAGUUAAGCCUAGUGUAAUGAUGGACAGAGAAAAGGCUUGCAUUCCAGAAUUACAGAUAAACUUCAUUCAUGGUGUUGUUAAGCCUGUGUAUGAUUUGCUAUCUUCGUUCUUCCCUGCAACAGAAGUAGCAUCCAGGGCCGUGGCGAGUAACAGCAUGUACUGGGAGAGAAUGAGAGAAAUCUAUAAACGUCGAUACAACAACAGCAGCUCAUCCCUUGACUUGUUCGAUGAUGAAAGUCUAGAAAAAGAAGUAAUCGGCGGGGCUAAUUGUCAGACAGACCUGCAGCACGAUUACAAGAGAACAGCGGAUAUGUUCGAAACUGGCUACAAUGGAAGUUGAAGAAAAAAAGUAUGAAAACAAAGACGUCAUAAGAAUGGUUAAAAAACGAUCAUUCUUAACUCACUAUUAGACGUUUGUUCAAAAUGAAUAUUUUGCUGUUUUGUUUUUGGCAGUAGCCGACCCUAUCCUUUGGGCUGUCACGUAAAAUUGCAUGUUUAAUAAAGUAGUAAUGUGUCUACUUGUAUUGAUAUGUUGCACGUAUCAGCUAUUUUCUACUAAUAUAUAGUACUAUUUGGUGGUAUACUUUACUUUUUGUUCCAUUUGAUUAAAUCUUUCAAAUUUAUUAAUAAAUUUUCGAAUUUCAUUUGGUGUUUGAUAUUCGUUUUCAAUUGAAAGUACAUUGACAAAAGUCGAAUGUUGGCUAAAUUUCAAAUACCCAUGGUAUUUGAAGCGUUACCAAUUAACAUCAAAAGAAUAAAUAUCUUUAAGGGCUAUUUUGCUUUACUAUGAUUCUCAUAUGUUUAAAAGCGCUUGAAUUUAAAUAAGUUCAUUUCAAUAAAGAUUAAACUUUCAAUUUCACUUAAAUGUUGAGAACUUGAAGGAUAAAUAUAAUUGCAUGACUCAAAAAAUUGAAAAAUUACAGAAGGACCAUUCAUUGUCUUAACUUCUAAGGAGUAGAAAUUCUGCAAAACAAUGUUUACGUUCAAAUGAGAAACAAUAAAAGUAUCUCUUCCUUCUUUUUUUAUUUAUGCAAGUAUGUUUUUCAAUAACUGAUACUGGAAAAGGUAUAGCUACCAGUGGUAUUACUAAUACAUUUUAUUUUACAUCCAAUGUUAAUUCCAGUAUUGUUUAUUAUUCCUUGAAAUCUGUAUUUAUCUUACAACAAUUGACACUAUAGCACUAACAAUGUAAAACUUGUGUAGAAGGAUUAGACAGCUGUAAGGGGGAUUUGUACACCAAAUUAAAAGAUAAACCCUGGAUGAUACUUCAAUGUUAUUGGAAUUGACUAUUGAAAAUAUUUGAAUUUAUUGUAAAUAAGUUUGUGGGAAGCCUGUUUAAUUCAAAACUGCCUUUCAAGUAGUUAGACUUGCAUGAUAAUGGGGGGUGGAAAUGCAUAUUGUUAUUUAAUGUAAUGUUCGGUAGAGCAAAACUUGCUGUAAAAAGAAAUCCGUUGUUAAAAAUAUUUGAUAUCUUAUAAUGAACCUUAAUUUUGCUUAUAUAAAAGUAAAAUAAAUGUGUGGGUUUAAAUUUAAUAUGAACACUGAUAUUUUUUUCUAUAAACUGAAAAAAUAAGAUUAAUUUUUCAAUGCAUAUAGGCUAUACCAUAAUCAACCUUGCUACAUUAAUGGCAUGUAUAAUAUUGUCUUUUAAAAUAUUGAUUUUUAGAAUGCUAAUUUAUACAGAAGUCUAAUAAAUGAGUUUGAUAUCCACAUUUCUUUCAAAAACAGUGUAUUCUCAAGUACAAUAUUUAAAUACUGUUCUAUCUACUGGAAAACAAUUUGGUUUCCUAGAAAUGCUACCAUGUUAGAUUUUAAUACCUAUAUAUGUAUAUAUAUUUAUAGGGUUUCUUGUCUCUCUUAACUGUCCAUAUAGUUAAUUAAUUUAGGUGUGUCAUUGCUCCUAAUUUAUUAUUCAAUAUUAUACAGUGGACAAACUGUAUAAUGUUUGUUACAUAUUUCUCUUCCUUUUGCAAAGAAAACAAAUUUAUAAUAUGAUCAUUAAAUAGUUGGUCCACUUUAUAACAUCAAGUAAUAUAUUGACCACAAUGCCAUAAUAUUAUUCACACACUUAAGUUAAUUUAAGUUACUAUAUGGUGAAUUAAAAAGGACUAAAAAUAACCCCAUAAAUAUCAUAUACUCAUCACCAUUAUAAGAGGCCAAACUGUAUUUCUUUGGUUUGAUAAGCCUUGAAUCAAAGAUUGCAUUAAGCCUCUAUACCACAGAUUACAUUGUUUAUCAUUAGAAAUAAUUCAUGUAAUGAAACAAAGAUUUUUAAGUUAUGUUUAUUUCCUAUUUAAUAUGUUUUAUCUUUAAUUAAAUGUCUACAAUUCAUUAAAAAUUCACCUACUCAAUAGUUUCUUCUGACAAGUUUCAUUGACAAUUUUUAUGAUGUUAAAUGAUAGUUUUGUUUCUAUUUAGUUAUAAUACUGAUUGUAAU